AUGACCGCCCUUUCUGAAGUCCUUGCGUACAUCGCCAGCAUGGAGUACGCAUACACCAAAGCCCUGAAGUCCAUGCGUAGCAUCGUAACAUCUCUCUUCCUCCUCACCUGCACCAUCGGCUCGAUGCUGGGCACCACACUCUUACCCAUCUCAAAAGACCCCAAGGUCCUCAUAGAAUACGCCUCGUUGAGCGGCGUUAUGCUCGUCACAGCCGUCUUAUUCCUGCUCACCUUCGGGAAGUACAACAAGAUAGAGGAGAAGAUGAACAUGCUCAAUAGUGGAGAGGGGGACUCUACCUCUCUGAGUUUGCUGAUCACUGAAAUCCGGUAA